GGCUAAUGGGAACUUUUUUUGCUUCACAUUUGCCGAUCAACAUUUCCCUGUACCUGACUGUCUCACUUCGUAAGUUCCUCCAACUUGAUUUCAUUCGCAUCCUUUCACCGCGACUAUUCAUCGUAAUGCAUUCGUUCUCGUCUUCGACAUCUCGGUUAAUUGGACGGUCCACAUCUUGCAAGAAUGUAUAUCAUGUCUACACAAGUUCAGUGCACGCUCAGGCCUUUCGGAUUCAACUAUUGCUACCAUUUAGAACGUAUGCAACACAUCGAGAUGCGGCAACUGCGUCAACCACUCCAUUGCUUUCCCAAGCUCUUGACCAAAGGCAACGCUCCGCAAGGCGGCAAGAUUCCGUGGGACCUUUUCAACUCGGUCUCAUUCCGCCUACCCCACAGGACGUUGGAGAGAUCAAGAAGUGGUCUCAGCUCAAUACGACUGAGAAGGUUGUGCGUACGACAGCACGUACUACCAAUCUAGUAGUUAUCCUUUUCGGCGCAGGACUGUCUGCCGUCCUGUUCUACGCUUUGACUUCUGAGAUGUUCUCCAAAAAUUCCCCGACCGUACUGUAUGGUCAAGCUUGUGAUAUUAUCAAGGCAUCUCCUAGGGUGACGCAAUUCCUGCAAGGGCCGUUCACAUUUCAUAACAAUCCACCAACUGGCGUGCGACCGCGGCACCGAAACCAUCACACGUUUUCACAAAUCUUUGUUGACCAAACUGGGCGUGAACAUAUGAGACUUCACUUUUUCGUUCAGGGACGAGAACCAGGCUCUGUAAACGAGGAAGAUUCAAAUGGAUACAUUGGCUCGGUCGUUGCUUGGACAGAGCGAACGGCAUCUGACCUCUCCAAGAUGACAUUUGACGAGGUCGUGAACGGUGCGAAGUCUCGUGCCAGCGAGGCGGUUGAGGCAUGCAGAGGUGUCUUUAGAUUCUUGAGCGGAGAGCCUGUGCCUUCAAAAGAGGCACCUGGAGCUCCCAUACCGGAGUCUAAGGAAGAGCCCGAACCUAGAGGAUGGAUGUCCAGCGUUACUGGGAUGUUUUCUGGCCUCAAAGGAUCAAGUUCGCCGCCAACAGAGACACAAGAUUUGUCGCACGGACCACCUACGGCCACUGAAGGUGAAGUACAUGCUGAUCUAGUCAUGAAUGAUCAGGGCUAUUUCGAGUUCAAACACCUACGCAUUGAUAUCCCAGAUUCACAGUCUCCAAAUCACAAACGCAUAUUUGUAAUUGGUUCAGGGAAUGACCGGUCAAUACGAUGGCACAAGUGAUAAGAAAGUGCAUCUUCUUGUGAUAUCAUUCAACUGGAAGUUCACUUCGCGGCCUCCCAGAAAUUACCGUGUUGGUGUAUCAUUUAUUAGUUACAAAUGCAUGUCGAUAAGGAGAAUGUGUCCAAGACAGGGUGCUUAGUCUCCAAACAACUUCUGUACACGCUUCAGUACCGAGUCUUUGGAUGGGUCUUAGGUAUAAAGCCAUCAGAGCGACGCUUUGUGUGAUAAGGUAGGCCCUUACCGUAGGGAUGAUCUUUAGACGGGAUCUCCAAUAGAGCAGGGAACGCUUGUUGGUAUUUAUCUACGGUUGGCCUUAUCUUCUCAGCAACCUUUUGAGG